AUGCAGAGCUCAGGAGGGUUUGCAUAUUUGUUAUUUUCUCAGCAAUUGAGAAGGAUUGUCACUGUUUUCCUGUUGGUCAUAACCAUCACGAAAGGUGAGUUAGCGGAAACCAAAUCUUUCUUAGAUUUCAUCAGAGCAGUCGAUCCCAAAAAUGCCACCGGAUUUGCCCGGGGCGUGUCCCUGCUGUGUCCUUGUUUGGCCAAUUGGAAAGGCAUAAAAUGCGACUUGGAAGAUGGCAGGAUCACCGAAAUUAGGCUUGAACAUUUGAGCCUCAAAGGGAAAAUAGACGCCGAGCCUCUAUGUGAACUGCCAAACUUGCGAUACCUAAGCUUAGCCAAUAAUCUCAUACGUGGUAAUAUUCCGGAUUCAAUUGAAAACUGCACAAGUCUGGUCACUUUAAAUCUGAGCGGCAACCUUCUGAGUGGAAGAUUACCAGUUGCUCUCAGAAAGCUGAAACUCCUUAGCACAGUAGACAUAUCCAACAAUAACUUUUCAGUGAUUGCACCAAGCAGGCCAAAGUUCAUCCCCACUGAGCAUAAACGUUUGGAUUCGCAUCAUAAACAGAUCUAUGUCCUUAAAUCAAGGAAAUUAUCCGACACCGAGAGCCCAGAACCCAGUGGUCAUGAUUCUGCGUGGUUCAAUCAGUGGGGCUGGUGCCUGCCGUUGGUAUUUGGUGUCGGGCUUUUCUUCCUACUAACAUGGUUUGUUGGCAAGAAGGCAGCCAAAUUGGCUGAAGAGAAGGCGACCUUGAAGGCGCUAAGCACCUCCCCUCUCAAAGUUCUCCCCCUGAAGCCGCCAGUCGAAGAAAUCAAGCCCGAGGAAGGACGAUCAGAGCUCGUCUUUUUCGUCGAGGAGCAUGAAGCCUUUAAGCUUGAUGACCUCCUUGAGGCGGCAGCAGACCUCCAGAGCCAGAGGUUCUGCAGCAGCCUCUACAAGGUUGUGCUGAAGAACAACAUCACUUAUGCAGUCAAGAGAUUGAAAAAGCCGCAGGUGUCAUUUGAGGAUUUUGGCAAGACGAUGAGGCAAGUCGGGAACAUGAAACAUCCUAAUAUUCUUCCUCUAGUUGGGUUCCACUCAACCAACGAAGACAAGCUUCUGAUAUACAAGUAUCAGAGUAAUGGAAGCUUGCUAAAUCUAUGUGAAGGCAAGUGCUCAUAUUUUGUAACCUCAAUGCCAAGACCUGACAUCACUAGUUAUUUUUACAUGAUCUAA